AUGAACGGAGAGUCCCAUGAGAACCGCGAUCAGCGGAUUCAAGAAUUAUGGCGGACUCUGGACACACGGAAUGAGGGUCAUCUCGAUCUCCAUGGCCUGAAGAAAGGUCUCCGCACCAUCGACCACCCUCUCAAGAACGCCGACGACCUCCUUCACGAUGUCGUCGAUGCUGUCGACACCUCGGGGGAUGGCCGGAUCCAGUACAAUGAGUUCCGAACGUUUGUGGAACAUGCCGAGCGGGAACUGUGGCAGCUGUUUCAAAGCAUAGAUAAAGACAACAGUGGAGGACUGGACAAGAAUGAGCUGCGGUCGGCCUUUUCCAGGGCGGGCAUCACAAUCAGCAAUGCCAAACUAGACCAGUUCUUUGAUGAGGUGGACGUCAACCAUGAUGGGCAGAUCACGUUUGACGAAUGGAGGAAUUUCCUUCUCUUUCUGCCGGCCGGUCGAUCCAGUCUUGGGGCGGUCCUCAGCUAUUAUUCUGCGACGGGAAAUGUGAAUCAAGAGGGAGAUGUCACCAUCAAUGACACGCUGAAAGGAUUCGAUUUUCUCCCGCCCCCAGGCUAUUUCAUAGCUGGCGGCUUAGCAGGCAUGAUCUCGCGGACCGCGACUGCACCGCUGGAUCGGCUCAAAGUCUACCUGAUCGCACAGACCAACCCCAAGGAAGCAGUUGUCGAAGCGGCAAAGAAGGGAGCUCCCUUCCAGGCCGUUAGGCACUUUGGCCGGCCGUUGAUCGACGCCUGCAAGGAUUUAUGGGCGGCGGGUGGUAUGCGCAGUCUGUUCGCCGGCAAUGGACUCAAUGUCAUCAAGGUCAUGCCUGAAUCAGCGAUCAAGUUUGGCGCCUACGAGGCUGCGAAGAGAGCUCUGGCCAAAUUUGAAGGUUCCGACCCAAAGCAUCUUCGACCUACUUCACAAUUCCUUGCCGGCGGGUUUGGAGGCGUCAUCUCACAGUGCCUGGUCUAUCCGCUCGACACCCUCAAAUUUCGAAUGCAAUGCGACACAGUUGCUGGCGGCCUGCAUGGAAACGCGCUCAUCUUUCAGACGGCACGCACAAUGUGGAAACAAGGAGGAUUGAAGCCUUACUACCGUGGACUUGGCAUGGGUCUUGCUGGCAUGUUCCCUUACAGUGCGAUCGAUCUGUUCAUUUUCGAAAACUGCAAGCGAUUCGUCCUAGCACGCAAGGCGAAGCUGGCCCGAUGCCAUGAAGACGACGUCGACAUGAGCAACCUUGUCACUGGAUUUAUUGGAGCGACGUCGGGAGCCAUCAGCGCCACAGCAGUGUAUCCGAUUAACCUGCUCCGCACGAGACUGCAGGCGCAAGGAACCAUUCUACAUCCACCGACCUACACCGGCAUCUGGGAUGUGGCUGUGAAGACCAUUCAAGGAGAAGGAUACAGGGGCUUGUUCAAAGGAGUCACGCCAAACCUUCUGAAAGUCGCUCCGGCCGUCAGCAUUAGUUAUGUGGUUUAUGAGAAUAGUAAGGCGUUGCUGGGACUGCCUUGA